CGCUGCUGUCAGUGCCCGCUCCGCGCCCGCUCAGCAUGCGCCCCCCGCGCAGCCUCCUCCUGGUAGUCCCUCUGGUCCUCCUACAUCACCUCAGCUUGGCCAGGAACCUCCCCACCGCAGCCACAGCAGGCCCUGGAACGUUCCCGUGCCUGGGCCUCGCCCAGAACCUGCUGAAGGCCGUCAGCAGCACGCUGCACAAGACCAGACAAACGUUAGAAUUUUACUCUUGCACCUCUGAAGAGAUUGAUCAUGAAGAUAUCACAAAAGACAAAACCAGCACCGUAGAAGCCUGCCUACCACUGGAAUUAACCACGAAUGAGAAUUGCCUGGUUUCCAGGGAGAUCGCUAUCAUAACUAAUGGGAGUUGCCUGGCCUCCAGAAAGGCCUCUUUUAUGACGACCCUGUGCCUGAGUAGUAUCUAUGAGGACUUGAAGAUGUACCAGGUGGAGUUCAAGGCCAUGAACGCAAAGCUUCUGAUGGAGCCUAAGAGGCAGAUCAUUCUGGAUCAAAACAUGUUGACAGCUAUUGAUGAGCUGAUGCAGGCCCUGAACCUCAACAGUGCGGCUGUGCCUCAAAACCACCCCCUCGAAGAACUGGAUCUUUACAAGACGAAAGUCAAGCUCUGCAUCCUUCUCCACGCGUUCCGAAUCCGCGCAGUGACUAUCGACAGGAUGAUGAGCUAUCUGAAUUCUUCCUAAAAGGUUCAGGUCUCGCCCAACCUUCAAGUCAUUUGAACCAAAGCGAUUUUUAUAGCCUGUGCGGGAGGUGGUGGCUUGACCUGGUCCUACUUAAGCUAGUAAUUUUCUUGUUGUUUACAUUAGUCAACCACCCAAAAGUUGAACAUGUAACUACUGUAUUUAAAUGGGUCCUUUCCUCGCGUAUAUUCCACAUUUACUAGGGAUAAGUUGUUUUUAAAGUUUUCAUGAGCAAAUUGCUAAAGAGGGACGUUUUCUUCACUGUGCGGGGGUUUGUUUGUUUUUUAGAAAAGCAAGAAUUUAUAAGCUAUUUCUAUAUCAAAGUGUUUGUCGAAACACUCAAGCAUAAUUUAUUUUAAAAUAUUUAUUUAUAUAAUGGUGUGUUCAUGAAGGCAUGUGAGCUAAGUUAUAUUUAUUUAUGUCCUAUUUAUUAAAAUAUUUAUU